AUGGAGUACUUUCAAAAAGUACGCAGCACCGUCACAAAAGCUGUAGAGCAGGUCGGCAAUGUGGUCGCCGGAAACCCAGCGCUGCGGCUUUUCGAGCCGGGCGACCUCGUCGGCUCGGCCGGCCCCGCUCAUUUCUGGAAAAUCUACAAGGGCAAGAAGCGGUCCAACGGCCAGAGCGUGGCCGUGUGGGUGUUUGAGCGGAAACAGCUUACAAGAGUCCGGCAUCCACGCGUUUUGGUUGUUGAACAUCCGCUGGAGGAGGGCAGGGAAUCCUUCAUUUUCUGCACGGAACCAGUGAUCGGCAGCCUUGCCAACGUCCUCGGCCACACCGACGGCCUGCCCCAACCCGCCUCCAUCCACCACAAAAACUACAAGCUCCACGAUAUCGAAAUUAGGAUAGGACUAAAACAGGUAGCAGAAGCGCUCUCCUUCCUCCACGUUGACGCCAAAAUGAUGCACCGGAAUGUCAGCCCGGCGUCGAUUAUCCUAAACGAAAAAGGGGAUUUCAAGCUCGCCGGACCGGAUGCGGCUCAAUUUACAAAGAUCCCCUUCUUCAAAGACCACCGCCUCGACACGGUGCAAACGCUCGAAUCGUUCAUGCAGCACGAGCAAAUGGUCAAGAUUGAGCUGCUGAAAAAGUUGCCGGACAUGCUGAUCCAUUUUGAGAAGCGCCUACUCGUCCAAAAAAUUCGGCCCUGCUUGACGGCCGAGUUCUCGCACCCCGACUUGAUCCCCUUCAUCCUGCCCGCGCUUUUCUACAUCAUCGACCUGACGGACAAGGAGGAAUUUACGACGUUGGUGAUGCCGGAAUUGGCGCCCGUUUUCUCAAUGGAACGCCCGUAUCAGAUCACAAUCCUGCUCCUCGAAAAGCUUGACCUUUUCUUGAGUCGAGCCGACCCGAAAGACGUCGACAAUCACAUCCUGCCCUGCCUCUAUCGUGCGAUCAAAAAUGAAAAUGGCCGAAUCCAGGAAAUCUGCCUCAACGUCGUGCCAAAAAUCGCAAAACUCAUCUCUCGCCACAACAUGAAGACCGACGUGUUGCCGCGUCUUCUCGCGCUCGCUACGACCGGUGACACGCUAGCGGUUCGUGGAGUUUUGAGGGAAAAGGGG